AUGUGCGGGUGGCAGCGCCACUCCCUCCGCUCCCUCCCCAGCCGCGCGCGUCUCAUUCCAGCGCCCAUUCCGUGCAUUCCUGCCGGGCUCCUCUGCAAACUCCAGCCCCGGAGGUGGGGACCGCCGCAGCUCCGCGCUCCGGCCCCUGCAGCCGUCGCUGCUGCUGGAAGACUUGGCACCCCGUGCGGACCUGCUGCAACCGGCCGAGCGCUCCCACCCUGCCUCCCGCACACUGGGACCGGUUCAAAGGGCGCUCCUCCAAGCCGAGCCUUGGAGGGCAAGGCCGGCACCAUUACCUCCAACGAGUGGAGCUCUCCGGACUCCCCCGAGGGGAGCAGCAUCUCUGGGGGCAGCCAAGCAUUGGACAAGCCCAUUGACAAUGAUGCAGAGGGCGUGUGGAGUCCCGAUAUUGAGCAAAGCUUCCAGGAGGCAUUGGCCAUUUACCCACCCUGCGGCCGCCGCAAAAUCAUCCUGUCCGACGAAGGCAAGAUGUACGGUCGGAACGAGCUGAUUGCACGAUACAUCAAGCUCCGCACAGGGAAGACACGCACCAGGAAGCAGGUCUCCAGCCACAUCCAGGUGCUUGCCCGCCGAAAAGCCCGGGAGAUCCAGGCCAAACUCAAGGACCAGGCAGCUAAGAACAAGGCCCUGCAGAGCAUGGCUGCCAUGUCGUCCGCCCAGAUCGUCUCUGCCACAGCCUUCCACAAUAAAAUGGCUCUGGCCCGGGGCCCUGGCUACCCAGCAAUCUCAGGGUUUUGGCAAGGAGCUUUGCCAGGCCAACCUGGAACAUCCCACGAUGUGAAACCUUUCUCUCAAAAUGCUUAUACUGUCCAGCCUCCGCUGCCUCUGCCAGGCUUUGAGUCUCCUGCAGGACCCACCCCAUCGCCCUCAGCACCGCCAGCUUCCCCAUGGCAAGGCCGCAGUGUGGCCAGUUCCAAGCUCUGGAUGUUGGAGUUCUCUGCUUUCCUGGAGCGCCAGCAAGAUCCUGACACCUACAGCAAGCACCUGUUUGUGCACAUCAGCCAGUCGAGCCCAAGCUACAGUGACCCCUACCUCGAAGCCGUGGACAUCCGCCAGAUCUAUGACAAAUUCCCAGAGAAGAAGGGGGGCCUCAAGGAGCUAUUUGAACGGGGGCCCUCGAAUGCCUUCUUCCUUGUGAAGUUCUGGGCAGACCUCAAUACUAACAUCGACGAUGAGGGCAGCGCCUUCUAUGGGGUGUCCAGCCAGUACGAGAGCCUGGACAACAUGAUCAUUACUUGUUCUACUAAGGUCUGCUCCUUCGGCAAGCAAGUCGUGGAGAAAGUUGAGACAGAGUAUGCUCGCUAUGAGAACGGCCACUAUCUGUACCGCAUCCACCGGUCCCCGCUCUGUGAGUACAUGAUCAACUUCAUUCACAAGCUGAAGCACUUACCCGAGAAGUACAUGAUGAACAGUGUGUUGGAGAACUUCACCAUCUUGCAGGUGGUCACCAAUCGAGACACGCAGGAGACCUUGUUAUGUAUUGCCUAUGUCUUCGAAGUGUCAGCCAGCGAACACGGGGCUCAGCACCACAUCUACCGGCUGGUGAAAGAAUGACAGACUUGCAGAAUGAUGGUGGGGGGACAAAUCCAGGAAAGGGGACCUGGGAGGGAACCUUCAGGGAUAGUCCCCGGAAGUGCCAAGAGAGCUGAGCAGGAGGAACCAACUGCCUGAUCUUGCAGUGCCCAACCCCCAAUAAACCCGAGGUGUCAAGUGUU